GUGCUGAUGGCCGGAGGAAGUCUUCUCGACGCUUUGAGUCUUUCCAUUGUCGCGGCACUGCGCACGCUGAUCGAAACAGAGGGCAAGCCCUUUCCCGCGGAAAACGUUCCUCUCGUCGUCACAGUCGGGCAGAUAGGCCGGCACUAUGUAUGGGAUAUGCGCAGCAGCGAAGAAGCGGCCUGCAGCAGCCGCCUGGCAGUCGCUGUUAGUCCGGCGGGCUUCAAAAGUGUUGGCCUGCAGGCACUGGCAAUUCACUUACACAUGAGGACUCAGCUCGACGCACAGGCCAUCUCCGCCUGUCAUGCGUGCCUCUGUGAGGCCUCGUCAGUACACUCGCCUCUGAAUGAAACAGCUAACCAGCGUCAUGAAGGCUACUCCACAGGCUACGCCUCAAAGGCGACGGACACCCGUGAGUACCGCCCGUCCAAUCCGUCGUCGAUACACGAGAGAUUUGCCUCCCGCGUAUGCCCAGGCUUCAGCCACUACUUUGCUGCAGCGGGACCCUUGCUGAGCGUGGUCCUACACUUUACAAGUGUCGGCCAAGGGCACUUCAAGUCACGAGAAGAGCAACGCGUGGCAGCGGAUCGUAGCAGCCGUCUCGUCUGCGGCGAAAAACGAAGCGCCUGA